GGGCGUGACUCAACGCGACCCGAUGAUUGGCUGUUGGACUCGACCUGCUCCGUCUGAUACACGGAAAUCACUUGCGCUGACUGACUGGUACAUGAUUUAUAUUGUUACUUGACUCAAUCCGGGAACACUGACAUGGCGAGUAAUCUCGUCUCGAGGUGGUUUCGUCCCCGCGUGUUUACGCAGCUGGCGUUUCUCCGGUCGGUCCGUGUGCCUCGGCAGAAGGAUUCGGGGAUCAGGCUUUUCUCCAGCGAUCCGCCACCGGAGAACGUCAGUCGCUAUCCGGUUCCGAACAAGAAAGACUUGCCCUGUGACAUAGUGGAGCUGAUGGAGGAAGUUGAGUCAAAGGGAGGCUUUUUGCCAAAUGUCUUCAAAGCGCUUUCUCACAGACCAGCGGAGUUCAGAGCCUUCUUUGCUUACUACAAUGAACUAAUGAACAAAGAGACAGGCGGCCUGACCAAGGCGGAUCGGGAGCUGAUCGUAGUAGCUACCAGUACCCACAACAAAUGUCUUUACUGUGUGGUAUCGCACAGUGCGCUGCACCGCAUCUAUUCUAAGAAACCCACCCUGUGUGAUCAGGUCAUUGUUAACUAUGAGAAUGCAGAGCUGUCACCUCGCGAGAUCGCUAUGCUGGACUUUGCGAUGGCUGUGUGUCGCAGCGACACCGUGACAGAGCAGCAUUUCCAGUCUUUGGAGGGAGUGGGCUUUGACCGAGAGGACGCGUGGGACAUCGCUGCCAUCGCCGCCUUCUUCGCCAUGUCCAACCGGCUGGCCCACCUCACCGACAUGAGGCCAAACAUGGAAUUUUAUAACAUGGGCCGUACACCAAAGGACAGGAGCAAGGACAAGGGGAAAGGGGAGUAGCAAUACAGACAGGAUUAAGAUCGUUUUGAUUUUUAAGCGGCUCUAAUCGCCAUUUGUUUUUCGUUUGCUGUUGUUUUCUUAUCACAUAAGAUAGACUGAAAUGUCACAGUUGUCUUAUAACUUCCAUGUUUGUGUUGCAACUCAGAAUCUCAUCGCAGCUCUUUACUUCCUCGUUGACAAGUUGAGACCUCGGCCGCUCCAUCCAUUGUUACUUUGACCAGGAAUAGUUCACAGCAAGGUUAGAUUGUCUAAAGUUUAACAAUAUAACCGCUUUGUGAAGCCAUUCCAUUAUUUUUUUUUAAAUAAACUAUUUUUCUUGAUAA